AUUAAAUUGGUUGACUGACGUCAGACACAGUGGAAUUUUCAGUAGUGGAAGAAAAUCCACGGGAAAAUCAUUCGGAAUUGUAGUUGAUUUUUAUUAAAGUAAAACAUUUGUUUUUAAUUGUCAAAUAAAUUUACUGAAUCAUGAACAAGCCAAAUUUGCUGUUCGGUUCAGGUUUUAAGAAAUGGGCAUACAAUUGGUCACGAUUCAAUCAAUAUGGUUUAAUGCACGACGAUAUGUACCAUGAGUUCAAUCCCAUUGUUGUUGAGGCAUUACGACGAUUACCUCAACAUAUUAGAGAUGAACGUAAUUUUCGUAUUUGUCGGGCAAUGCAAUUAAAUUGUCAAAAAUCAAUUUUACCAAAAGAACAGUGGACUAAAUAUGAAGAGGAUGUAAAAUAUCUUCGACCAUAUUUAGAAGAAGUUGAGAGAGAAGAACGAGAGAAAGAAGAAUGGAAUAAAGAUUAGAAGAGAAGUAUCAAUUAUUAUAUAGUAUAACAAAAAAAUUAAUAAAAUUAUUACGAAUAA